GGAGGAGGAGGAGAAGGAAGAGGAGGAGGACCGUAUCCCUGCGCCUGUGCGCGGCUGGCGGAGGGGUGGAUGGGGGAAGGACCGCGGCGGUCGCGGUGAGGCGGAGGCAGCAACAGCAGCAGCAGCAGCCGGCAUGGAGGGCAGCGCCCGCUCCCGCGGCGGCACGCUGGGGCCAGUGGCCUGCUAGGGACCGGCGAGGGGGGAUCUCCGCGGCAGCCCUUCCCCGCCUCCCAGCCCCCAGCCCCCUCCCUUUCCCCGCCGCUUCCCCCGCCCGCCUGGAAGCAUGAACUGGCAGCGGAGGUACUGCUCCCCGCCGCCGCCUCCCCGCCGGUGAGAGCGAGGAGGGAGGGAAGAUGGGGGCCGUCCUGCGUAGCCUACUCGUCUGCAGUUUUUGUUCCCUGAUGCGAGCUGCUCCGCUACUUCUGUACGCAAACCGCCGGGAUCUGCGGCUGGUGGAUGCUGCCCACGGCAAGGAGAACGCCACAGUGAUUGUUGGGGGCCUGGAGGACGCGGCUGCAGUGGACUUUGUGUUCCUCAAGGGCUUGAUUUACUGGAGUGAUGUCAGCGAGGAAGCCAUCAAACGGACAGAGUUCAAUAAAUCUGGGAGUGUACAAAAUGUGGUCGUUUCUGGACUUCUGUCGCCUGACGGGCUGGCCUGUGACUGGCUGGGGGAGAAGUUGUACUGGACAGAUUCAGAAACAAAUCGGAUUGAGGUUUCUAACUUAGAUGGAUCACUGAGGAAAGUUUUGUUUUGGCAAGAAUUGGAUCAACCCAGAGCAAUCGCCUUAGAUCCUGCAAGAGGGUUCAUGUACUGGACAGACUGGGGAGAAGUGCCAAAGAUAGAGCGAGCUGGGAUGGAUGGUUCAAGCCGUUCCAUUAUCGUUAACACAGACAUAUAUUGGCCAAAUGGACUGACACUGGAUUAUGAGGAACAGAAACUCUAUUGGGCAGAUGCUAAACUAAAUUUCAUCCACAAAUCAAAUUUGGAUGGAAGUCAUAGGUAAGAAGGUUUUGUUUUAUGUGUAAUGUGGGGAUUUUCUUAAAAGAUGCUGCCUAAGCAGUAUGAUAAUCUCUGUUGUGUCAAAUUGUCAUGUUAGCACUAGCAAAAUUUUAAGCAAACCAGUGCUGUCAGAAACUUUUAUCCUUCACCAUUCUCACCUUUCCAGCACUAUGAAGUGAAAUAUGUGCUUCUCUUCAGGCUAUCCUGUAACCGUUUCAAUGACUUUUCUCAGAACCACUUCCAUAAAGAAAUCCUCGAAUACGGUUCUUAAUUGUGUAAGACUAUAUAGCAAAAUUGUCUCUUUUCAGUAGGUCUUCUGUGCAGUGUUUCAGAAAUGCAGAAGAUAUGAGAAAAUGGAUCAUCAUAUAUUAGCAUUUUGGUUUCACUAAUCCUAGGGGCUGGGAAAUCAGUGGAAAACAGUCCUUACAGGAGACCUAUGUUAAAAUGACUGUUUUCCUUGAACAGUUUUAUAGCAAUGAAGGGAUUCUUUUUGAUCCAGUCACGGCUACUUCUUAAUUAAGGGUAUAACUGGUACUUUGUGUAUAUAUAUUUAUCUCUAAUUUGGGCAAUGACUCUCUUCAUUUGAUAAGCUUUGACAAGUACUGCUUGCACACACAAAUAAAUCACAGUUAGCUUGUGCCCAAGGUGUCAUAUGAAGAGAUGAUUUUUUGUGGGGUUGCUCUUUGCAAAUUUUUGUGAUGUUUCUGCUAGUUUAGUUGGGCAUGAAAUAGCCUUUCUUAUGCUCUUUGUUCUCUUAGGCUCUUGGCCUAAAAUGUUUUCACCAUUUUUUGUUU